AUGCAGCGGGAGAAGAGUCAACAGACUUUGAAGGCUCCUAAUCCAUCUGGUCAUGCAAAGGCAUCUACUUCUUGGGCUCAUGCUUCUCCUCAUGUGACUCCAUCUUCUUCUUCCCGUAGGAGACAUGCUUAUGAGUAUGUGCCACCUCAUACUACUGAUGCUGCUGAUUCAGUGCCACCUUUGGAGGGUGAGGCUGCUGCAAAUGCUAAGCUAGAUCCAUUUGGAGGAGGCCCUGUUGAUUUGUCAUUACUGCCUCUGUACCCAUACGAUACUACCAGACAUAUAUGGGACACAAAGCAGCGUAAUCCACAUAAGUUUAUUAACCACAUGCGGAAGAUUACUGACUUGCCUCAACCAAAUGGGGAUUGGUUUCAGACAGUUUUGUCCUUAUCUGGCCUGAAGGAUUUGUGCAUGACCGGUUAUACUACGAUUAUCCACAUGAUUCUUAAUGCAUUCAUGGAGAGAUGGCACUCCGGGACCUCAUCAUUUCACCUCCCAUUUGGUGAGAUGUCUAUCACAAUCGAUGAUGUGUUAUGUUUGCUACAUCUUUCAAUCAGGGGGAGACUCCUAGAUCAUUGGAGGAUUACCAAAGACGAGGCACUCAUGAUGAUGGUAGACUAUUUAGGGGCUAACCCACGGGAGGCGAAUGAGGAGUUGGAUAAGACCAGGGGAGCUCAUGCUAGGUUUGAAUACUUGAAGCAGAUAUAUACAGAUGAGAUCCAUAGAUCACAUCAGGCUACAGGUGAUGACGAGCAGGUGGGGCUCCACGGAGCGUAUGCUUUGAGAGUAUACAUGCUAUAUUUGAUUGACACUACCAUUUUUAUGGACAAGAGUGCCACUUGUAUAAAUAUUGUCUAUCUACGGUACUUCAUGGGUUUCGAAUGGAACCAUGAGUACAACUGA